CAUCUAUUAAUGUCAGUAGUGGUUCAAAUCAGGAAGCCUUUUUAUGGCUUAACCAAGGAUGCAAGAGGUAUCCUACAAGAGAGUGCAAAAGAUGCAGUCCUUACAAGAUCCUGAAAAUUCACUCCCAAAGAUAGUCAGAAAGUAAAGCCCUUUGUUGUUACAGGCUGUAAGAAUGGUAUGAAAACCUUGUCUCUGUUUUCUCACAAAAAACACCUCCAGUCCCAGACCCACUAAUCUGACACCAGACAUUACUAGAAUGGGUUUUUUCCAACACUAGGAAAACAAAGAAUGUUGCCAUAAGAGCCACUUAUGGACUGGGAUGGGACCCCUUCUGACAGACUCCCCUGAGAGCUGGCACAGUUAGAUGAAAAGAGUGCUGCUUGUGAUUUCAUGUCUCAGAACCCCAGUCUCUUUGGCCAUCAAGAUGCACAUACAUCAAGAUGCACACUGGUAUGUGCAUCUUCUGGCUGGCAGAGACAAGAGACAAUAUUCUCACUGGUCAUACAACCACACUCUCUAAGACAUAGAACAAGACAAAAGGAAAACCUUAUUUAGCUUCUUGUAUAUGUAUGUUAACAGCUUUAGCUAAGCCAGUCUCUCGAACUAAACUAAUACCUAAGAUGGAUGUUCCACUGGUUGGGGGAUCGUGUGGUGGUUUACAGAGUAACUUGCAUGGAAUUUUUUUUGAGUUUGACAGGUGACCUAAUAGGAAUCUAACCUGUUCUGUUCCAACUUACUCUAUUACAGGAGUCUUUGGAUUACGUGGCCAGUGCUGUAAUAGCUCUUAAAUACUUGACCCAUACCCUCCAAUCUUGUGACUUUGGCUUCCAAGAUGUUUCUUAGCAACAGCGUUUACCUCAUGUGCUCAUUAACCCACAGCAAAGUUUGUAUAAACAGACACCGGUCUGGUGAGAACCAUGAGUUCACCAAUCAGUGAGGCCGGCUUGAACAGCAGACUUAUAGGGCCUGAGCCUGUGUUCUCUACCCUAUGGUCUUCCUUCUUAUGACAACACAGCAGAGACAAAGGAAAACAGUGACUGUCUCUGGGAGGAAAAGGAUCAAUAAAAAUCAAAAGUACUCAAAAAAAUCAAGAGUACUCAUAAUAGAUCUUUACCAGAGUGGCUAUACCCAAGGAACUAGUUUCACAAAUAGGUUUUCCUACUAAUCUAAAUUUAGAAAAGGAAAAAAAGGACUCACACCACUCUAAUUUCCACUGGACCCUUCAGGCAGAAAUCCAGAAGACUCACAUGGAUGCCCUGGCAACCACUGUCCUGCUGAGUGCUGGGCUGCCUCUGUAUGGAGUGCCAGUUGGGCGCAUGUGCACACUGAGCUGCAGCCCAGGAAUCCACAGCUCAGCAGAUGCACCUAUCAAGGUAGCUUGGAUCUUGGUGCUCAGCUCCGCUGAGCUCCUCAGGGCUUUCACAGGGCAGCAAGGAGUGAUCUGGCAGUGCAGCUGGUAGAGGCACAGUUCCCUCCACCUCUCUUCCGGGCUCCAGUGCAGGAGGUUGAGGGGGCAGUUAGCCUAUCCACCUCCUUGCUUUCAUCUACCUCCCCCAUGACUAGGCUCCUGACCUGGGCCUGGGCUCCUGAUCCGGGCCAACAGUGCCAACCUGAGAGACUAAAAGGUGGACAAGUCCUAUUUUCAAGAGAAGAUGAGUUUUAACAGUUUUGAAGGAUCUAAAACUUGUGUACCUGCAGACAUCGAUAAGGAUGAAGAAUUUGUAGAAGAGUUUAAUAGAUUAAAAACUUUUGCUAAUUUUCCAAGUAGUAGUCCUGUUUCCGCAUCAACACUAGCACGAGCUGGUUUUCUGUAUACUGGUGAAGGAGACAUCGUGCGGUGCUUUAGUUGUCAUGCAGCAGUAGAUAGAUGGCAAUAUGGAGACUCAGCAGUUGGAAGACACAGGAAAGUAUCCCCAAAUUGCAGAUUUAUCAAUGGCUUUUAUUUUGAAAAUACCGCUGCACAACCUACAAAUCCGGGUAUACCAAAUGGUCAGUAUAAAGUGGAAAGCUUCCUGGGAAACAGAAAUCAUUUUGUUUUAGACAGGCCAUCUGAGACUCAUGCAGACUAUCUUUUGCGAACUGGGCAGGUCGUAGAUAUAUCAGACACCAUAUACCCGAGGAACCCCGCCAUGUGUAGUGAAGAAGCUAGACUAAAGUCCUUUCAGAACUGGCCAGACUAUGCCCACUUGACCCCAAGAGAGUUAGCUAGUGCUGGACUCUACUACACAGGUAUUGAUGAUCAAGUGCAGUGCUUUUGUUGUGGUGGAAAACUGAAAAAUUGGGAACCGUGUGAUCGUGCAUGGUCAGAACACAGGCGACACUUUCCCAACUGCUUCUUUGUUCUGGGCCGGAAUGUUAACAUGCGAAGUGAAUCUGAUGUUGUGAGUUCUGAUAGGAAUUUCCCAAAUUCAACAAAUGUUCCAAGAAAUCCAGCCAUGGCAGAUUACGAAGCACGGAUCAUUACUUUUGGGACGUGGAUAUACUCAGUUAACAAGGAGCAGCUUGCAAGAGCUGGAUUUUAUGCUUUAGGGGAAGGUGAUAAAGUAAAAUGCUUUCACUGUGGAGGAGGGCUAACUGAUUGGAAGCCCAGUGAAGACCCUUGGGAACAACAUGCUAAGUGGUAUCCAGGGUGUAAAUAUCUGUUAGAAGAGAAGGGACAAGAAUAUGUAAGCAAUAUUCAUUUAACUCAUUCACUUGAGGACUCUAUGGUAAGAACUGCUGAAAAAACACCAUCAUUAACUAAAAGAAUUGAUGAUGCCAUCUUCCAAAAUCCUAUGUUACAAGAGGCUCUACGAAUGGGAUUCAAUUACAAGGACAUUAAGAAAAUAAUGGAGGAAAAAAUUCAGACAUCUGGGAGCAACUAUACAUCACUUGAGAUUCUGGUUUCAGAUUUAGUGAGUGCUCAGAAAGACAAUACACAAGAUGAAUCAAGCCAAACUUCAUUGCAAAAAGAGAUUAGUGCUGAAGAGCAGCUAAGGCUCCUGCAAGAGGAAAAGCUUUGCAAAAUCUGUAUGGAUAGAAAUAUUGCUGUGGUUUUCAUUCCUUGUGGACAUCUGGUCACUUGUAAACAAUGUGCUGAAGCAGUUGACAAAUGUCCCAUGUGCUACACAGUCAUUACUUUCAAGCAAAAAAUUUUUAUGUCUUAAAAAAUUUUAUGUCUUAAUCUAACUCUACAGUUAGGCGCAUUAUGUUCUUGUCAUUACCCUGAUUGAGUGUGUGAUGUGAACUGACUUUAAGUAAUCAGCAUUGAAUGCCAUUAGCAUUUGCUACCAAGUAGACAAAAUGUAAACUACAAUGUUCUAGUUCAUAAUCUAAAAUUUGAAUUUCUGGAUUUUGGGGGAUAUUAGAUAUGUUGUAUAUCUCUUUUUUUACUCUUAUUUAAUUGAAAUCUAGACUAAGAAGCAUCAUACUGUAACUGAUCACAAUGUGUAUUUGUAGUACACUAACUUAGUUUCUAAGUGUAAGUGAAUUAAUCAGCUGAAUUUUUCAUUCUUUUCAUAGAGGCUUAACAAAUGGAGCAUUCUUUGUAAACGUGGAGAUUAGAGUUAAUCUCCCCAAUCACAUAAUUUGUUUUGUGUGAAAAGGAAUGAACUGUUCCACACUGGUGGAAAGAUAGAGAUUAUUUUUAGAUGUUUGUCUUUGUGUUUUAGUAUUUUGUCCAUUCUGUUUUAAAAUUAGACACACGUGCUUGGAUGGGUGAUUGUAAAAAAUUAUUUUGUCAUUGUUAAAAGGGUAUUUAAGGAUAGAAUACCAUCUAGCCAACAUGUACUGACAUGGAAAGAUGUCAAAGAUAUAUUAAGUGUAGGCUGAAGUGGCAAAACACUGUGUAUAGAAUGAGUCAGAUGAAGGUGUGUGUGUUUUGUAUAUGUAUAGAACAAAAGAUUUGGAUCGAUAAAGCCAAACUGUUAAGUGUGGUUUCUCUUGGUGGGGGGAGGGUAGGGCCCAGAGGG